AUGUCAUUAUCAAAUGUCACGAACUCACCUAAUAUUCAAAAUGAUAUUGAUAAAAUCAAUUGGAUUAUUGUCUUAUUAGUACGUUGGACACAUCCAAUUAUCUUUCUUUUUGGUGUCAUUAGUAAUACAUUGAAUAUAUAUGUAUUUACACGACCAUCGUUAAGACAAAAUCCAUGUUGUAUGUAUUUUUUAUCAUCAUCUAUAACUGCACUUAUUUAUACUAUUAUUAAUCUUCCACUUCGAACUCUUCAAUAUGGAUAUAAAAUUGAUCCUACUACUUAUUUACGUUCACUCUGUAAAAUAAAAUAUUUUUUUACGUUUACAUGGAGAGCAUUGACAUCAUGGUAUCUUGUUCUUGCUUGUUUUGACCGAUUUUUACAUAGUUCAUCAAAUGUCAAUCUUCGACAGUUGAGUAGUUUUAAAGUAGCUUCUCGUACAAUUCUAUUAACAUUUAUUUUAAUUAAUAUUGUAUAUUCACAUGUGCUUGUUUUUUAUAAAAUUAAUUUAACUUCAUCUUGUACAAGACCACCUUUACUCAUGUUUCUCUUCUCUAUACUCACUCUUCAACAUGUUCAUCGUCGACGAAUUAUGCCUGUAACAAUACAAUCAAAUCGAGUUAAUAGAGAUGCAAACAAAGAUAGACAUUUGCUUCGUAUGGUAUUUAUUCAAUGUUUAUUUGUUGGUUUAACAACAACUGCCUAUGCCUGUAUUCAAUUGUACACUUCAUUAACAGAAUAUCAAAUUAAAGAUCGUCUUCAAUUAACAAAAGAUAAUUUAUUUAUCAUCAUUUUUGGAAGUAUUUCAGCAACAGGCCAUAGUACAACAUUCUUUGUAUUUGUUUUAACUAGUAAAUUCUGCAGACAACAACUAUUUCGUCGACAUCAAGAGAGAAUGUAA